AUGAGUAACUCGUUGUACAAUGUUGGCGAGCCAAGUGAGGCGGCGAUUCGCGCCGUCUCCUACAUGCAGGUGGGUCCUGAGAAGCCCAUCCGAAGCGAAGCGGAUAUGCUGGACUGGGUCCACUCGCGUUCAUACUACGAUCUCGUGGCGUAUAUCAACAACACCAGCUUGGCCAUCCAGGGUAAACGCAUAACCAGCGAUUUUCCAGUCACCGAACAGCUGGAGAAACUCUGCUCCAUGUUUAACUGCUUGGAAGAACUGAUAUAUCUGAACCCGCCGCAGUCGUCAGAGCUCGGACAUCAGGCCUACCGAUCGUGGUCCCGUCAAAUGCAUCAGAAAGUGUUCAUUAUGCUCGACAAGGCUAUGAUUCGCAAUUGUAGAUAUGUGGGGGAGUUGGGACAGUAUUUGUCGCUCUCCUUUGGCAGCUCGAUGCGGGUCGACUACGGACACGGACACGAACUGAUGUUCAUGUUCUUUUUGUGUGGCCUGUUUAAGGCUGAAAUUCUGGUGUCUGAAGAUACAGUUGCGGCGGCAUUGCUUCUAUUCGGACGAUACAAUCAUCUGAUGCGACGACUUAUUCAGACCUACCACAUGGAACCGACGGUUUCGCGCGGGGAUUGGGGCAUCGAUGAAUACUGUAUGAUUCCAUAUUUGUGGGGUGCCGCACAACUGGGACUGGAGGCGCCCUUUACGCCCGUUCAGUGCGAAUUGGAGGAGAAUUUGAAGACCUAUCGGCACGACUAUUUGUUGGUAGAAUGCCUAGAUGAUCGGAUGAAGCUGCGGGUCGGUGUAUUGGGUGAGCAUUCCUUUGAAUUAUGGUGCUUGUUGUCGAUGUCAUCGUGGGCAGAGGUCUAUAAGACUCUCAUCGAAUGCUAUUUGCGUGAUGUCAUGGGCGAUUUUCAGUUCGUGCAGCAUGCCACCUUCACGGACUUAAUGUCCUUCUGCCGUUUGCCAGACCGGGAGGAGUUGCGGGUGGUGCGAUUAGGUGUGCCACUGAGGAGCGCAAGAUCCACUGCUGAGUUCCAAGAAGACACCUUUGGCGGCAUAACCUAUAAGAACCCGGAAGACCACGAACAUCCAUCCCAUCUGCCACCAGUUACGCCAGUUGUGAGUAGACACAUGCAUGCCCUCAUGCGCUUUCAAGAUCCGGACAAAUUGAGUGAUCGUUCCGGCGAUGUAAGUCCCAAAUCUUUGGUAUCGCCACGGUCCUCUAAUCAACCCCAAGACAAAGACGGCCAAAGCCCCAGUUAG